UUUUCUACAUCUUACACGUAUCUUUUUCGUAGGGUUUUCUAUUUUUUCUCUAUGUAUUUGUGUGUUUCACAUCGUGCUUCCAUCUCAAAACUAAGUCAAACCUAAAAGAAAAUCGUUAGACCAUCACACCAUUCCUUUGUCUCUUCUCUCUUCAAUGGCUUCUUCGACUACAGCCCUUCUAGGUCCACCUUCCGCCGCCUCCGUCCUCGAGACACCGAUCAUGAAACCAGUUACCACCACCACUUCGCUGGAAACCCCUGUUUCAAACGACCAAAAUCUGAUCUCCAAGACGGCCGCACUUGCCCUCGAAGAACGCCCACCGAUGGGUCUGACAGAAAACUUGUCACCCACGUUUCUCUCCUCGGGCAACCCAUGCCUAGAUUUCUUCUUCCACAUCGUGCCCAACACGCCUCCCAACGAUCUGAUCCAACGUCUGGCGGUUUCUUGGUCCCACGACCCGUUGACCACGUUGAAACUCGUCUGCCAUCUCCGAGGAGUUCGAGGCACUGGCAAGUCUGACAAAGAAGGGUUUUACACGGCAGCGUUGUGGCUUUACGAGAAUCACCCCAAAACCCUAGCUUUGAAUCUCCCGUCUCUAGUCGAUUUCGGCUACUUCAAAGAUUUGCCUGAGAUUCUGUAUCGGAUCCUUGAAGUUCACCAGGAGGUGCAGAUGAGAGGAGCAAAACGGGUGUGGAGGAAGAGGAACCAGAGUCAGUUCAAGCGCACCAGAGACACUCGCUCCAAGGAUUUAAAAGAUCGGAUUCUUGAGGAGCUCGGUGGUCAUGUAGAUAAAACAAAGGCUAGAGAUCUAAGGAAACAGAGAGAGUUGGAGAAGGCCAAGAAAGCUUUGGAGAGGUAUAACUCUGACGCUAACUACAGAUUACUGUUUGAUAAUAUCGCGGAUUUGUUUGCCGGUUUGUUGAAAACCGAUUUGGUGUGUUUGAAUUCCAAUGAUCUGUAUAAGAUUAGUUUAGCGGCUAAGUGGUGCCCUUCUGUUGACUCUUCGUACGAUAAGACUUCAUUGAUAUGCGAGGCGAUUGCUAGGAGGAUGUUCUCUAGAGACGAGUACGAAGGGGUAGAAGAGACGCAUUACGCCUAUAGGAUCAGAGAUAGGCUGAGGAAACAAGUCCUUGUGCCGUUGCGUAAAGCGCUUGCAUUGCCUGAGGUUUCAAUGAGUGCAAGGGAGUGGAACCAUUUGAAGUACAAUAGAGUUGCUUCUGUUGCUAUGACGAACUACAAGACGCUCUUCGAGAAGCAUGAUGGCGAGAGGUUUAGGGAGUUUCUGGAGGAUGUCAAGUCCGGGAAGCAGAAGAUGGCUGCUGGCGCGUUGCUUCCUCACCAGAUAAUCAGUCAGCUGGGGGAUGAUGAAGUUGGCUCCGAAGUUGCGGAGCUUCAGUGGGCGAGAAUGGUGGAAGAUGUUGCCAAGAAAGGGAAGAUGAAGAACUCGUUGGCGGUUUGCGAUGUCUCUGGGAGCAUGGCGGGUGUACCUAUGGAGGUUUGUAUUGCGCUUGGGUUGUUGGUUUCGGAGCUUAAUGAAGAGCCGUGGAAAGGGAAAGUUAUCACCUUUAGCGAGAACCCGCAGCUUCAUCUAGUCACGGGCUCGAGCCUGAGAGAAAAGACCGAGUUUGUGAGACAAAUGGAUUGGGGAAUGAACACGGAUUUCCAGAAGGUUUUUGAUCGGAUUCUAGAGGUUGCAGUUGAGAAUAACUUAACCAGUGACCAGAUGAUUAAGCGGUUGUUUGUGUUCAGCGACAUGGAGUUUGAUAGUGCAGUGGGAUCCAGCAAUUUCAACCAAUAUGAUAGUGCAACAUAUAACAGUGAUAUGGACAGUGAUUCGGAGGAACAUUGGGAGACGGAUUAUGAGGUGGUUGAGAGGAAGUAUAAGGAGAAUGGUUUUGAGAAUGUUCCAGAAAUUAUAUUUUGGAACUUGAGAGACUCGUCGGCUACACCGGUAGCAGCCAAGCAGAAAGGAGUAGCUUUGGUAAGCGGGUUUUCAAAGAAUCUACUGAAACUGUUUCUUGAGGAAGGUGGGAUUGUGAAUCCUGAAGAUGUCAUGUGGUUAGCCAUUAAAGGUGAGGAGUACCAGAAGCUUGCUGUUUAUGAUUGAGAAACUUCACCUUUGGUACAAUUGUACUUGUCUGUUUCUUUGAGUUUACUUUUCGAAAGCUUGUUUUCCAUUUUGUGGUUGAUCUUGUUUGAGUUAAAAAGAUGAUUCUUGUUUGACAAAAAUAAUGAAUCUUGUUUAUUUA